CAGCUGGCUGGAUUCAUCUUGAUACUUGCUAUCAUCUGUCAUUCUGAUGAGAUUCAUAUCCGGUCAAUUGAAAAUUACUCGUAUCUGUUGGUAUAGCUGGGUCUAUCUAGCAGUACUAGUGCAUAUCGAAACAGUGCUGCCUGCAUUCCAGUCUCCACAGGCCUACGUACGACGGGUAUAACCAUACGCGGGCUAAGCAUUGGGGCAGUAUGGUGCUUCUUACCUCCUCGACCGUCUCCGUCAUCAUAUCCACCGGUGUCAUUUGUACCUUUACCUUUCUGCUCUUCCUAUCGGGUUACGUCCUGCAGCAGCAGUCCGUCCGCAGCAUCCAGCAUGCCAUUCGUCCGCCUCCACCCCCGGACCCCGUGGCAGGCCACAAUUUGGUAGGAUCGCCAUACCAAGGCGACGGACAGGAGCUUCUGUCCGAUAGGGUUGCCGAUAAGCGCAAGAGGGAUGCUAGUCCCCCACAAGCAACAAGGGGAAAUUUUGCAUACCUCCAGCUCCUCUCCACUCCCGACCCAUCCAACAUCUGCUCCGCUAUCCUUUUCUUCAAGCAUUUGGCGACCAAUGGCACGGCGGUCCAGGACCGUCUUUUCAUGUAUCCGCGCGAGUGGGACUUGAUGCCCACAAAGGAGCUCACGGAGCCUGUUUCCACGGCCCUUUCUCUUUUGCGAACGGCAAGUCUGGAAUACGGCAUCUGGCUUCUGCCCAUCGACAUGACGCUAGCUACUGCGGAAGGCUAUACACCUACGGAUACGAAGCUGCUGCGGCUGGGGCAGGUCCAGUUCAUGCAGUACGAUAGCGUUCUGUAUGUCCAAACGCCGGGCUUGCUGCUCGACACUGGCAAGCUGGAUGCCAUGCUCUUCUCCCGACCGCUGCCGCUGCGACAUGACAAAAACAGGCCCGAGUCGUUCAACAACGAGGCUUGGGUGCCUAUGCCCUUGAGAGCAGAACGAGAUGCAGCUCUGCCUCCUGUGUACCUAAUCACGGUAAACAGUGUCGAAAAUGGCCACAUUGAAGCUCGUGGCCAUAUUCCAAACACCGGUCUCCCAGGUUUUGGAAGCCUGGUCACGGGACCUGAGACCGUACUAUCACCAAAAGAAGACGGUUAUAACCCUGACGAGCAGCCAGGAUACGUAUAUUUUCAGCAGGACGAUGAUGGCCACGUUCAGUGGGCCCAGAAUCCACUAUUUGGGUCUUGGCGUAUUGGCCAAAAUGCGGUAUGCGAGGGCGUCAACUUUGACGAUGAUGCAGUUCAUGAUGGAUAUGACUUGUGAAUUUCUUUUAUGUGAUGAUUUCUGGGGCGUUUGUCGGCUUUAUAUCGGGCACUUAUAUUGAUGACUGGUGGACCGGUCUGGCAAUUCUGAGUCCUGUUUGGAUUUUUAAGUAUGGGUAACGACUGUGGGUUCUUGUCAAUAUUUAUCUCUUCAUAUCCUUUGGGGGGAAGUGAUGUGUGCAACCAUGUGUAUAUGAAACAUGAGUUAUGCGAAUGAACUUCGUUA